CACCAGUGGCAGUUGGGGCUGGCGCACACAAAGGAUGAGGAAGGCCAGGCUCCAGGAGCUUGUCUGGAUGCUCUUCAUCUCAGAACUCCAAGCUGCAACCGAACCACAUGAAGAAAAGUAUGUCUUAGCAGCAGGAGAGACCCUGAAUGUACAAUGUCCCUUCUCCAUCCGGAAGUAUGCCAAUAGCCAGAAAGCUUGGCAGAGGCUGAUGGAUAGAGGGGAGCCCCUGACACUGGUUUUCACAGAGAGUGUUUCAGGGAAUCCCAGUCAAGUCCGGAUGGGCAGGUACUUCCUAGAAGACAUCCCCAGUGAGGCCAUGCUGAACGUCCAAAUGACCAGUCUUCAAGUGGAGGAUUCAGGACUGUAUCGGUGUGUGAUCUACCACCCUCCCAAGGACCCUGACAUCCUGUCUCCCCUUGUCCGCCUGGUGGUGAUCAAGGAUCCUUUAGGCACCACUGUCUCAGACAAGAAUCCUACUCAGAACUUGGCUAAGAUUUCCACCCUUCCUCCUACCACCACCAAGGCCCAGAGCACACUCCUCAACAGCCCCAGGACUGUGACCCAACUCCUACCCAAAUCAACUGCUGACAUCUCCUCUCCUGGCUUGGGAAUCAACAUCACAAAUGCGACGGAUGUCACGAGCUAUGGUUUCAGGGUUCCCGUGAUCAACAUCGUCAUUCUCUUGCUGUGUGGACUCCUGAGCAAGAGUCUGGUCUUCACUGUCCUGCUUGCUGUCACGCAGAGGUCAUUUGGACCCUAGGCCAGUGAAGCCAUAAGCAUGACCUCUGACCUCCAGCCACAUCCCUCUGGCAGUUGUUCUGGGGGAGGAGUGUGAGGGGGAAAGGAAGGAGGGGCAAUGACAAGAGUUGAAUCUGUAACACAGAUUCUUUCUAAGGCUCAUGUCCCACCUUCUCAGCCUUGCCAGCUCCCCUAAUUUACACCAGUGACCAUGGGUGUGUGUUUUGCCCCCUCAGAAGAGAAGAUACGGCUGCAAACAUGCCCAUUCCACCCAUGGUUUGGGAUUUGCCUUAAAUAAAGACAGAGUCCAAUGCUCUUCACUGUUGCUGUCUUAUGGAGGUUGUGAGGUACAGAGGACACCCCCGCUAAUUCUGCCCUUCUUCUUGCCCUGGGCUGUAAUGGUUUAGCUUGAUCUGGACAGAGCUCUUACUA